AUUCAUUCAGGAGUUGCUCUCACUGUUGUGGAGCCCGCGGUCUUUGUGCUAGCAACGUUUUCGCGGCUUUAUUAGUUUAUUUUCAGUUCUUUUUCGCUAGUCAGUCACGAUUUAUAUCCACGUUUCUAUUUAAUCAUGGCGGACCCGAGGAUACGGCAGAUAAAAAUCAAAACCGGGGUUGUUAAACGGCUGGCUAAAGAGGAGGUGUUGUACAUGAAGGAGGCGAAGCAGCAGGAGGAGAAGAUUGAGAAGCUGAAAGCAGAGGCAGGAGACGAGUAUCUAAUCAAGAAACAGAUGGAGGUGCUGCAGGAGUCCAGAAUGAUGAUUCCUGACUGUCAUCGACGUUUAUCCAUUGCUCAUGCUGACCUGCAGCAACUGCUGGAAACUGAGGAGGAUCUUGCAGAAACAGAGGAAUACAAGGAGGCCAGAAGCAUUUUAGACUCUGUCAAGCUGGAAGGAUGAUGUAGAAAUGCACUACCUACUCUCACACAAACACACACACUCUCACUCACACACACAGUCCCAAGUGUCCAUUCCAUUUGUCAGCACUUGUUAAGAAAUGUCAAUGCAAGCAGAUGUCUGUUCCUCUGUCUCCCUUUUUGUAUUUAUUUUUAACUUGCGGAUUGACGUGCCACCUGAUCCUCAACGUUCUGAGUGUUCACAUCUACACAGAACAUCAAAUAAAC